CAUCGAACCUCCUUUUCCGUUGGCUCUUCUUGGUGGGUGGUUCUCUUUGCGAUCUCCGGCGAUGGAGAUAGCGGCGAGCUCGACGCAGGGGGGACUUGGGUUGGGAGGGGCGCUGACGAUCGACGGGGGCGAAGCGCCAGAGAGGAGGAUGGAACGGCUUUUGAGGGAGAGCCCGGUGGUGGUGUUCAGCCGGCCAGGGUGCUGCAUGGCCCACGUCAUGCGGCGGCUGCUGGAGGCGGUGGGGGCACACCCCACGGUGAUCGUGCUGGAGGAGGGGGAGACCGCGCCGGGGCCGGCGGCGGCGGAGGCCAUGCCCGCGCUAUUCAUUGGCGGGGCGGCCGUCGGCGGCCUCGAGGGGCUCAUGGCGCUCCACCUCGGCGGCGGCCUCGUGCCGCUUCUCCGAGAGGCCGGCGCGUGACGCGGCCCGUCCAAGGCCAAUAUUGUAAAUUUACGAUAUUUCCCUUCUUUUUCCUUCUAAAUUUGGGCCUCUUCCGAUGCU